AUGAAAGGAAGAAGUGUUCGUAUUUGCUUCCUAUUUUACCUGUUGGUAGCAUCGCAGUGUGUCACUGAUAACGCCUCCUCCUCUCUCGCUAAGGUAAGAAUGUCCAAGAAUUCAAAGUGAACCAUGCAGAAAUGAUCUUAAGUUGUUGAAUUUUGCAGCCAAAAGUUCAAGCAGAGUAAACACAGUUAUAGUCUUCGAAGUCUUUAAGCAGCAGUCUUCAUGUUUUUACUUAAAUAUGAGAUAACAACAUAAAUAUUGCCAGGCUGGUGAUAAACUCUAUUUAUUCUAAUAAAUGCUUAAGUCUUGUUCUUUAAUUUCUCUUAACAGCGAAUAGAUUCGUUAAUGUAGAAAUUUAGAAAAAGUACUGUACUUUUAAAGUACAUCUGACGAUUGGGCUGCGCGAAUGAGUAUCUACCAUCGGAGCCUGUUCACGAUAGGGUGUAUUAAACGCGUAACCCUCGCGUUAUUACAGCCCGUUUCCUAAAGAGAAUUAUAAAGAAAUUUAAUAGUAAGGCUGGUGAUUGAUUCUGCGUGUGUCCCGUGAGAUCAACGGCGAUCAUGAAUUUUAUUAUUUCCAGUAAUUUUUUUAUUAGUGAACAAUAAGUGAAGUAUAUGGGUUUUAAUAACAUACCUCGACUAAUUAUUUAACGACUAAUUAAAAUAUAGCCAAUUGAUUAAAUAAAAACCAAGUAAUUAGCAUAUGACUAAAAAUUGAAUUAAUUAUACAGUGAAGACCUAUAAAUGACCAUACAUGUCAACUGGUCUCUACAUUCGCAUCUACUGGCCACGGAAAUGCAGCCUUAAACCCUUCUUUUAAAUGAAAAUAACUUAAAAUCAGCUAUAAAGAGAUUGUCUAAAAUGCAGCCUUAAACCAUCUUUCCUCAGUCAGACGUAUUAGAAUAUGCAAUGGCGGAAGCCAGUGUCUACGGGAGCUCCACGUACGAGCUCUGUAAAGAGUUUUUGCAAAUGAAACCGCCUUCCAUUAGUAACUGCGCCAUGGUUGUGGCCAACCCGAAAGCUUUGCUCCUUCGUCCACUACACAUUUUUCCAACCCAAUAUUUAUUGCAACAUGUAUACUAGCUCUGAUUUUCCCCUUUUUUUUAGUUUUAUUCUUAUUCUAUUUAUGUACUUUGUUUUGAAUAACUGUGAAUAAACUGAACUUGAACUUGAACUCAAACUUCUAAUAAACUGCAAAAAAUCCUGGACAAAGACCCUACUAGUGGUCAUUGUUGAUCUCAGUAGAGAUCAGCUUAGUAAGCUAAGUAACAUCCCCGACCUGAAGAAAACUGGUUUAAUUAGCCGGAAUAACUUUUUGAAAUACAUGAGCACGUUGUAUCAGCUUUACAGUAGUCCUUGAACUUCUCGUAUAUUAUUUUUACUACCAUUUUUAAGCAAAAUGGUUUUAUCCUCUGAUUUCCUUUAACUCUUGACAUAGAAUUCAAACACGUGCUUGCAAGGAUCGCCUGGCCUCCCUGGACGUAACGGAGUAAAUGGACAUAAUGGGUUACCAGGCCGCGACGGCCGAGAUGGUGCAAAAGGAGAAAAGGGCGUAGCAGGUCCCUCUGGAUCACGUGGUGAGAAGGGAGAAAUGGGACCAAGUGGAAAAGAUACUGAUCACAGGAACUGGAAACAGUGCGCGUGGAAGAACAACGACGACAGUGAUAUUGGACUGAUUAAGGUUAGUUGAUUUUUGCCGUGCAUUUACCAUACCUGUCUGUUGUUAGUUUAGAUGAAUCAUAAGCUACUGUAUCUCCUAAUGAUGACGUAUAUCUUCAUAAGAGUUAUUAUCCAGUGGUAUUUUUACAUGGGCGAAAAAAGGUCAGACGUGGAAAUAAUCGGUGUUUCUGUUCUUGCAGGAUUGUCAGUUCACUAAGAUCAAGGAUGAUACUGCCCUCCGUGUUGUUUACCAGGGAAAUGUCUGGUUGGGAGGAUGUAGCAACUGCUGCAAGAGAUGGUUCAUCACUUUCAACGGAGCGGAGUGCAGUGGUCCCCUGCCUAUUGACGCAGUACUGUGGAUCCGAAAUAAAGAGGAAGACAACAACAGACCCGGGUUCAUUGAGGGCUACUGUAACAACAUACACAAGGGCAAAAUCCGAGUCGGAAUCAAUAUUGGAAAUUGUGCAGGAUAUGGAAACUCCAAUGGUGUCACAGGCUGGAAUUCAGUGUCCCGUUUGAUCAUUGAAGAAGUCCCUCGUUCCCAGUGA